GCCAACAUUGCUUGCUAAGGGGCAGUGUUCCGGUGGUUUUACACCAUUUCCAGAAGGCAAUCCACUCCUGCUUUCUAAGCUACGUUUAAUCACAUUGUCAAUGGAUAUUCGCCACCCUAGUGGCUACCACCGAUCUACUGAGCCUACCUUUGCAUAACAAAACAGUGCUUACCUACUGUGUCUUGUCUCACCUGUGCUGAAUGCAAUAUAUGUGCAUAUUCACACGUCCCUUCCUGACACAUAGCACAUCUAAUCAUACCAUACUAUAUUCUAGCCGCUGAGGGCUUAUCUUCACACGCCGUAUAUCCCAGAGGUGACAAGAUGCCUGCCGCACCCAAGCAGCGAAAAAUAGCCAUUGUUGGCAGUCGGUCUGUGGGUAAAUCUUCUCUGACUGUUCGUUUUGUCGAGCAUCACUUUGUAGAAAGUUAUUAUCCAACAAUUGAGAAUACAUUUAGCCGUAUCAUCAAGCACAAUGGGCAGGACUUCGCAACGGAGAUAAUCGAUACAGCUGGUCAGGAUGAGUAUAGUAUCCUAAAUUCCAAGCAUUUUAUUGGGAUUCAUGGGUAUAUCAUUGUUUAUUCAGUGGCAUCACGCCAAUCCUUUGACAUGGUUAGAGUUAUUCGGGAUAAGAUACUUAAUCACCUGGCAACUGACCAUGUGCCGCUGGUCAUUGUCGGUAAUAAAAGUGACCUCAAACCUGAGCAGAGGCAGGUUUCACUGGAGGAAGGACGGCAGGCGGGAGAGGAUUUUAGUUGUGCUUUCACAGAGGCCAGUGCUCGUCUUGACUACAAUGUUGCGAAGGCCUUCGAUCUAAUGAUUGGGGAAAUUGAGAAGUCACAGAACCCAUCGGAACCUACAGGGGGGAACAAGUGUGUCAUCAUGUGAUAUAUAACAGUCAAAUGAAGCUCCGUGUCAAUUUAUGGAUUUAUGGAAGCCAACAGUCAUCAGGUCUGGCUAGGCGUUUUCAGGUCCUCUCUAAAUCUGUCUUCCAGACUUAUCCUCCUAAUUUAGGUGGUGUACUGCUGUUAUGUAGUGCUCUAAUCUGACAAUUUGAUCAUGGGCUUGAUUAAUGGUUGCGGUUAUGAGUGGCUGUUGGUUGAGCUUUUGUCGCGCAGAGGGGUCGGUGUCGAGUUAACCGUGAAUUUAGCAUGAUAAACCCUGUACAAUGUAGUUCGUUUUGGUUGGAAGGGCAUCCUUUCAUUGGUCUAUUAAUCUGACUAUAUAUUUA